CCACCCCCAGUAGCACCACCAUGACCCCCAGUAGCACCACCACCACCCCCAGUAGCACCACCACCACCUCCAGUAGCACCACCACCACCAAGUCUACCAUUGGAUCGAUCAUUGCUUAAUCUGCUGCCGCCGAUCCACUCAAAGUGCUAUCGAGGAAACACAUCUGUCAGUAGUGAAGACUUGAGAAAUCAGACACUCUAUAUGUUUGGCAACUGCUUCUUCGAAAUCCCCUCGCUGACGUGUCUAGGUCGAUGUGAGGUACAUAGCGAGAGAUUCCAGAUUGAAACGUUGUGUUACUGCGAUAGCAUUUGCCUGCAGAUCGGAGAUUGUUGCCAUGACUACAGAAAAGUAUGUAAGGCUAAGCUGUCCGAGAAACCUCAAGUCAAACAAGUAUGUUCCAAUCAUUAUAUUGUCACAAACUCCUGUCCGAAGGGCACGGAUCAAUACCUAGACGGACUCUGUUCGGAAACACACGGCGAAAUCUUACGUAGACCGUACGAUCUACUUCGUAACCUCCACGUCUUUGACCAUGACAAAAACAUUAGCUACAGAAACGUGUUCUGCGCGAGGUGUAACGGUGCAAGAAACACCAGCUACUGGACUACAACCGCAGACUGUUCCACAACGGCGAACCUCAGCUCCAUAAAAGACAACCUUCUCAGCUUCGUCCGAAACAAUUGUACCAUCCUCAUGGGUAUGCCCAAGACGUCUGGGAUAAUCGAAGGAAGACUUUGCAAGGAAAGACAUCAUGCUUUCACUUAUUCCUAUGGCCACAAUAAAGUCAAGGAAUGUAGAAAGUACUGUGAGAGGUACUCCUUGCCAGUUGUAGUCCUAGAUUUGAAUAGAUUCUCAUGCACGAUUUACAAGAAUCCGCACUGCGCUCUACUGCAAGCAGUUCGCAUAGACAAGUUGUCUUGUCGAAGAUGUCCCUUCGGGGCGCACCCGCAUAUCCCGGAUCUUAGAAUUCUCUUCAACUUCCAAUCUACCGGAACGCAAAUUGAUUACCUGUCUUCAUCGUCUUCCAUAACCACGACUAAAUUGGCCCGACCAUCGUGUGAAACAAGUCAAGUCUACGACCCUUUUCGUGGCGUGUGCAGAGUGGUCUACUCACCAGACAAGCUAACAGAUCACCAUGGGAACAGCAACAAUAGCUCGGCCUUUCACACCCCCUCAUUUGUGCACCAUCGCCAUGACAACUGCACCCAUGUGACGUAUAACAAAACUAACAUCACCAUAUAUGGCAAUAGUACUUUAAAGCUAAAUGAUCUUGGGGUUCUGCUCUCAAAUGCUUCGUACUUUGUUUCUGGUGACGUCAUCGUCGUUUGCAUUCAAUCCGAGGGACAAGCUGGAGGAAGUGAGGGACUUCAUCGCUCUGGGGAUCGCGUGGUACUUGGUAUAAUGACCUGUAUUGGUUGCUCUAUCUCUGUUCUUGCCCUUCUUGUCCUGUUAGUCAUCUACGCUCGCUUCCCCGAGUUAAGGAAUCUCCCGGGUAAAAUCCAGAUGAAUUUGUCGGUUGCGUUGCUAGCAUUCCACGUGCUGUUUUUUAUGGUUGCCAUGUCAACAUCGGGAGCGUUGUGCAAGGCAAUUGCCAUUGGAAUACAUUACUUCCUUCUCGUUGGCUUCGCCUGGAUGGCCGUGAUGGCGUAUGACGUGCACCGGACAUUUACCGGACAAACAGAGGCAAUACUGCAGCCUCAGCGUUCUAUGCUCGUGUACUCGUGCCUGUCGUGGCUGUUGCCGGCUGCGUUCGUCGGAGCCAUUGUCGUCAUCGAUUUGACAGUCCCUGGAGCCAUUGAUUAUGGUAAAGGUGAAUUCUGCUAUAUCACAAGCCGAUUCGGUUUGAUCUUCGCCUUCCUUGUCCCGGUGAGCCUGGUGUUAUCUUGGAACAUAUUAUCUCUGGCAAGGACGCUUUUCUACAUUCGCCUCGCUCGUUAGGCGGCGCGUGGGUUGAGAACAAGCAGUGGUAACCAAAACAACAUCCUGCCGAUCAUGUGUAUGAAGCUGACGUCAGUCUUGGGCUUGCCGUGGACGUUUGGUGUUCUAGCGUCACUCUUCCCAUCAUGCUUAGCACUUUGGAUCGUGUAUACAGCAUUCAACAGUCUGCAAGGUUUCUUCAUGUUACUGUCGUUUUUGAGUUAGUUCUCGCGUCAAACAGUUGCUCGUUAAAACAGAGGAUGGUAGCAAAGUCCAUGGAAAACCUCAUUUAGCGUCAAGUACAACUUUGAGCACUCGGCUGUAGACUUAUUACGUGAGCAGAGGAAGAUUUGUGACACGAGACGACAGUGACGAGUGUUGUUUGGUGAUAUGUAUGAAAAAGAUCAAGGCAGGGGGCAUUUUACGGAGACAUUAAGAUGACUGAUGGGGUAGUCAUUUCAGUACAGAAAUCGAACAAAGUAGUCGUGUUUGCAUAUAAAACAUACAUACUAGUCAUGGUAUAAGAAUCAAACAAAGUAGUUACUUUAGUAUCAAAAUCAAAUAAAGUAGUAAUUUUAGUAUCAAAGUCAAA